AAGAGAAAUUUACAAUUUGAGUGAAGUUGCAGUCUCGUAAAUUAUUCUCAAGUAAAUGGGCAUAACAGCCAAUUGACAUUGACAUUCUAGUACAUUAAAAUUCCAGUAAAAAAAUUGGGGGGAAAACAUUUCUCCCACUAACCUCCUUCAUCAGUCCUCUGACUCUUUCUCUCUCAUCUCUCUACUGGAGCGAAGAACCCACCAACGUUCUUCAAUGGCGGAAGAAUCCGAGAUGAAAAUGGAAGCUUUAAAAAAAGCAUAUGCAGAGAUAAUAUUAAACACUUCAAAAGAAGCAGCUGCAAGAGUAAUGGUGGCGGAACGCAAAGCUCGUUGCUUUGAGCAGCAAUUGGAUUCUUUAAAACAGGAGUCGCUUUCUAUGCUUCUUCGUUUGAAAGAUCAUUUCAAUUCAACGAUCAUAGAGACAGAGAGUAGAUCAGUGAAACAACAAAUGAAAAUUGAGGAGCUUGAAGCACAACUCGGCGAGGCUGAGGGAAUUAUUGUUGACCUCAGGGAUGAGUUCAAACAAGUACAGGAGCAAUUGGAGAUAAUGAGGCACAACCAGAAAAAGCUUCGGAGAGAUGAACCUGCAGAAGAAUGUGUGCCUGAGGAUAAUGCACCUGAUUCUUCCGUCAUGUUCCGGGUAUCAGAUACAAAAUCUGUUUUGGUUGAUUAUGAGAAGAAAGUUGCAUCGCUGCAUCCGACAGCACUAGAUGAUAAGCAGUGCCAUAACGUGAAUAGUAGUAACCUAUCUGUCAAAACACAUUUGAAUCAAUUUGAUGCUCCAAAUGAUGAUUUUAGUUCCAUCAUUAUCCAAAAUUCGCAGACUGAUUUAUGCAGAAAUGGAUGUACUCAAAGAAUACGUGCAUUUGAAGGAAACUUGUCAAAAGUAAGACUGCCUACUUCACAGUCUGAGGAUCAGAAGUUUCUGAAUCUGUCGAUAACCAAUGCAGAAAAAAUAGUGAACCGUAGGCAGUAUACAAAUGAUAGUGCUAGUUCCUGCCAGAAACUACUCUGCUCUAAUGAUGAAAGUAAUGCUAAGAAUAUUUCAUCCGGAGAUUUAAUGUAUCGUACCAGCUGUUAUAAAGACCAAGCUAUCAGAUCCCGUCGCAGGUCUGCUCGAAAAAGUUCCAGAUACAGGGAAGCAAUUGCUUCCUUGCAGGGUUCUCGUAGAAGUUCUGGAAGAACACGCCUACGCCCUUUUCUUGGUCCACUGGAGGCAUGCUCCAGCAAUUUGAAUCUGCAAGCUGUUGAUAUCCCAAUAGAAAUAGUUGAGAUGGAUCCCAAGAAGAUUAAAGUUUGCCGUGUGUCAGAAUCUAAUGACUUGAGCUGUAACAAUAAGAAUGCAAUAUGUGCUGAAGAAAGAACUGGUGCAGAAACCACAGAGACAUUAGGUGAUAAGUCCAAUACUAUUUCUGGUAGUGGACUACUGAGUUCAGUGCUAAUUGAUGUGCCUAUUUCGGAAGGUUUUGGGAGCAGUCAUUGUCAACUAGCUGGGGAUGACAAGCUUCUUAAAUUUACGUUCCAUAGGAAGCGACGGAAGAAUGUUUUGGGAAAAAUUGAUGAGAACAUUUUUCAGGAUAGGGGACCCAUAAGGAGGAGAUUGGAGAAUUCGACCAAUGUUAGUAUGGUUAAAAAUGGUAUUUGCAAAGACGAAACGCAGGGUGAAACUGAAAAGAUGAAGCAGGUUGCUCAUCAGCUCGUUUCAUUGACUGGAACUUGGUGUUGAAGAACAUAAGAGUAUCAGUUUCUCCAUGACUGUGUUGAUGUAAAUUCUCUCCCUUCUUUUUAGUUCAGUUUGCUUGAAAAAACAGCUAAAGGCUUACCAGAGGUCUUAUGGCUGGAUGAAAUUAGCAAUCCCUGAUGUUAUUUAUUUCUAGUGGCGGCAGUGUGUAGUAUUCAGCCCCUUAAUACAUUGCUUCUAAUGACAUUUGACAAUUUCUUAGAAUAUAGAGAUUCAAUGCCUAUUUGUCUUUCAUGUUGAUAAGUGGUGAUCUUAGAUGCCAGAGUCUAACUCAGAAAGACAAUUUGCAUUGCCCCAACAUGAUGGUAGAAGUUGUCUUGGUAGUUGAGGAUUUCUCAUAUAUUAUUAAUCAAUAUUCGUUAUAUUAA